AUGACUACAGAUACGGCUCCUAUUUGCCAGACCAGGGGGACAAAGAGAAAGUAUCAGGAUAAUGAGGGUAGCCCACAUAAUGAGGACACCCAACUGCCUGAAGGAGAUGGCUCCCAAUACAACUCAGAGGAUGAAGAGAGUCAAGAAGGUGCCUCUGGACCAACAGAGCAACUGCGGACUCUAAAAUUCGAGGAUGGGUCACAAAGUGCAGAUGAUUGGAUUGUGUGCGGUCAUCAACCCGAUGAUGAGGACAAUGAAGACGUCGAGGUUAUUUGCAUCCUCCAGGAAGACCUAUCGAUCCGUCCUCCCACAUGGACAGACCUCCGGCAAGGGCAAGUACGGGCCAAACACUCGGUCAAAGCUCAUUACGAAGCUUGGCUGAAAUAUGUUAGGGACACAGCCGGAGACGUUCAGCUCUGGAGCUGCACGGUUCAAAACACCCCCUUUGGACCCAGCCAGAGAAGCGUACACCUCCGGAGGUGA